AUGAGUAUUUUUCGAAGCGAAACAAUGGGUUUAUAUCAUUUAAUUCUUCCCUCAGAAUCAAGUUGGGAAAUAUUAAAUGAACUCGGAAAAUUAUCAUUAUUACAUUUUUUAGAUUUAAAUCAAAAUACUCCUUAAUUAAAUAGAACAUUUACACCUUUUGUAAAGCGAUGUGAGUAAAUGUUAAUGAAAAUAAGCCAAAUAAAACAAUAAUUAAAGGACUUUAAUUUGCAAAUAAUAAAAAAAACUACUAAAUUUGAUAACUAAAAACUUUUUAAUAUUUUUUAAUAAGUAAUCGAGAACAAAAAUAAAGCUGGUCAUACAUAUUUAGAAGAAAUAGAAACAUAACUACAUAAUAAAUAUGAAUAAAUACAAGAGUAAAUACAAAACUACGAAAAUCUAAAAGAAAGAUAUAUACAUAUUAUUGAAUAUAAAGCAGUUUUGGAAAAAACUAAAAUAAUAUUAGGAAAUUAAUAUUUAGAUUAAAAUAACAAAAAUAAAUCAUAUGAAAAUUAUUUAGAUAUGGAAAAUAUAAAUAUUCAAAAUUUCUAAUAGAUAAAAAAUAAUUAAGUAGAAUUUAAACUUAACUAUAUUAUUGGUACAAUUGAUAUUUAGGAUACUUUAAAAUUUAAAAAAUUAAUAUUUAGGCUUACUAAAGGUAAUAAUUGGACAGAUUUUAUUAAUUUUGAUUAAUAAAAAAUAACUUUUAAAGGUAAAUGCACUUAAAAAUCUGUUUUUGUUUCUUUAAUUCCUGGAUCAUCUUAGGGAUUUAUCAAUUCAAAAGUUUAAAGACUUUGUGAUUCAAUUGGUAUAUAAAGAUAUAAUUAUCCUUAAAACCAUUAAGAUUAUGAUUCAAAAUGUAAAGAAUUAGAUUAAUAAAUAAAAGAUGUUAAAAGCUUAUUAAAAUUGACAUAAUUAUAAAUUAAUAAACUUUUAUAAGUUUUUGUCGAAACUAAUUCUAAUUGUGAAUACUCUUAUAUUGAAAUACUUACCUAGUAUGUUUUGAAAGAAAAAUAAAUUUAUUAAACUCUUAAUUUACUUAAAGUUUAAAAUACUUAUUAUCACGGAAAUUGUUGGUUACCAAAAAAAUAAGAAGAAUUAAUAAUAUAAGCUUUAUAAACAAUAGGUGCUAAAAAUUAGAAUUUACCAAAUGGUUAAUUAUAAGAAAUACAUUAAAAUAAUUUAAUACCUCCUACUUACUUUUAAAUUAACGAAUUUACUCAUAUAUUUUAAUUAAUAGUAAAUACAUAUGGUAUUCCUCGAUAUUAAGAAAUAAAUCCUGGAGUAUUUACUAUAGUAACUUUUCCUUUUCUUUUUGGAGUUAUGUUCGGAGAUUUAGCUCAUGGCUUAUUUUUAUUUUUUUUUGGAGCCUAUUUAUGCUAUUAUAGUGAUUAUUUUAAAAAAGCUAUUAAUAGUAUAUUCAAAGAUCUUACUUAAAUAAGAUAUUUGAUAAUACUUAUGGGUUUUUUCGCUACUUUUUGUGGUUUAAUCUAUAAUGAUUUCAUGUCAAUUCCUUUAGAUAUUUUUGGUAGUUGUUAUAAUGUAUUAGAAGAUGGAAAAACAGAAAAAAUAAAAGACUGUACAUACACUUUUGGAAUAGAUCCAGUAUGGGGACAUAGUGAAAACGAUCUUUAAUUUUAAAAUUCCUUUAAGAUGAAAAUGGCAGUAAUAAUAGGAGUUUUAUAAAUGAGUUUAGGAGUAUGUAUGAAAGCCUUAAAUGCAUUAUAUUUUAAACACAAUUUAGAUUUCUAUUUCGAAUUUAUCCCUUAAAUAUUAUUCCUUUUAGUGACCUUUGGGUAUAUGGACUUCCUCAUUUACGUAAAAUGGGGAUAAGAUUGGUCUUAAGUACUAGAAAAUAAAAAAUCUCCACCAUCAAUUAUUAAUUUAAUGAUAGACAUGCCUUUAAAUAAUGCAUAUCCAGGUGAAAUAACUGUAUUUGGAAGAGGAAAUGAAUAAUAAUAAGUAGGAAUAUUACUUUUAUUAAUUGCUGUUUUAUGUGUUCCAGUAAUGUUAUGUUUAAAGCCUGGAAUUAUUUACUUUAAAUAAAAAAAGUAUAAUAAAUUGCAUUAAGUUAAUUAAGUAAGUGAUGAUUUAUUAUUAAAUAAUAAUAACGAUAAAUAAAAUCUAAUAUAAAAAAAUCAUAUUCUUGAAUAUGAUCAUAUGGAUAUUAAAGAAUCUAAUUUUAAUUAAAUGGAAGAUGAUUUAGGAAAAGAUUUAGAAUAAUUUAAGAAAAAAAAUGAUUUUAUUAAUAAUAUUUUAUUAGAAAAUCAUAUACCUUUAAAUGAUAAUCAUUCUGAAUAAGAUGAAUAAUUUGGAGAUUUGGUAGUCCAUUAAAUUAUUGAAACUAUAGAAUUUGUUCUAGGAUCUAUUUCUAAUACUGCAUCUUAUUUAAGAUUAUGGGCCCUAUCUUUAGCUCAUGGAUAAUUAUCUAAAGUAUUUUUUGAUAAAACUAUUAAAUAGCCAAUAUAGGAAAGCGAUAUUUUUGGAAUUUUUAUUGGAUUUUUUAUACUCGCAGAAAUUACUUUCAUGGUAUUAAUAUGUAUGGAUGCUAUGGAAUGUUUUUUACAUGCUUUAAGGCUACAUUGGGUUGAAUUCUAAAAUAAAUUUUAUAAGGCUGAUGGAUAUGCUUUUGAACCUUUUUCAUUUAAAAAUGCUAUUAUAUUUGAAAACUAAGCCCAAUAGCUAGUUUAAUAUUCCAUUAACUUCCUUAAACAUGGAAACCCAAGUCAAAAAGUAUUAGAAAGAGUCAAAACCUUCCAUGCUGAUUCAGUAUUUACCGGAAUUUCAGCACUAGCUUUAAGAGCAAAUGCACCUGAAAUAUUAAAAAAUGAAGCUUUAGAAAAUUAAAUUGGAAAUUCAAAUUAACCCAAAAUGAAUUAUUCUAGAUGUUUUGGUUCUGACUAGCAAGUUCCUGUAGAAAAAGCUGUUUGCGCAAAUAGUUCGGCAUCUAGAGAAUGUGAUUUUAAUGUAACUGUAUUUGGCUAUAAUGAAACAGUUUAAGAAAAUAGAGCUGGAGAAUUCGGACAUAAUGACUAUUAUACUGCAGUAAUAGCUGCCGCACAUUAAAAGCCUGAAAUAAAUGGAAAUUUGGUAUUAAGAGCUAUGGUUUUAUAAGAUGAAAUAAGAGGUAGAUUAUGUGAAUGCUUCCCUUUAAAUAAAUAUAAGAUAGAUCAUGUAGUUUAUGGAGCUAUUUCCACUAUAUGCACUUAUGGAGCCUUAAUAGCCAUUAGAACAGGAAAAUAACUUUCGGAUUCUAAAGGUGCUUCAGCCGCCUUAUCAGCAGAAGUAGCUUUGAUGUGUAUAAAAAGAGCCAUGAAAGGCUUCAUUGGUCCUAUGGAUAUUUUUAGAAAUCCUGAAGCUAUAUUUAGAUUAUUCAGACCCACAUAAAGUGAUAAUGAAUCUCCUUUUGACAUAUAUUUAGCUGAAUCAGGUGAUGAUUUUGCUGUUAUGGGAAUGCAUUUUAAAUUAGGAUUAUAUGAACAUUAAUCUGCUAGUGCUCUAGAAGGUAUUUAAAGAUUACUUUUAGAAAACAAAAUCUAAUUCCAUAAAGAUAACUUUGAUAUAAUUAAAAACAUUAAUAUAGUAGCUUAUUAACCAGCUUUCGGUAUUAUUGGCAAUCCAGAAAAAAGAUAUGCAAAAACAAGGUAAUCUGCUGAUCAUUCUAUGGUUUAUAUAAUUUCAACUUUAUUAAGAAAAGCAAUUGAAAAUUAAGAUUUUUUAUAAAAACUUUAAACUGUAUCUAAUCUAGAUGAAAUUUGGAAAACACUCAUUUUACUCCCUGAAGAUUACUCACAUAAAGCAAUAAUACACCCCAAAACUAGAAUCUUGAUUGAUAAAACAACUUUCGAACAUGGAGGUUAGGAAUAUGAUGAUAAAUAUCCAGAAGGAAUACCUACUAGUAUUAAAAUUACUUUAGAAAACGGAAAGAUUUUAGAUUCAGGAUUAGUUAUGUUCCCUGCUGGACAUGCGAAAAAUUAACAGGCUGAUUUGCAAGCUUUAUUAGAAAAUAAAUUCAUGCUUUUGGGAAAUAUUGCUUUGGGAAGUAAGGAUAAGAGUAGUGAACUAAUUAAGAGACUUAUGAAUUUAGAAAAAUUAAAUAAUUAAGAACUAUAAACUAUUUAUUGUUGUGAUAUUGUUUAUUCAAAAAUUUCAAUUGAUGAUGAGAAUUAUUGA